CAUGCAUGAAAAUGAGAAAAGACACCUCGUCAGCUUUUAUACAAUUGGUUGCUUCUGUGUUACAGAACUUUUUAUCGUAGGAUUUACGCAAAUUUGUCUUCGAGUCUUAGAAACUGUAUCCCAUGUUUUAUUGGAAGUCAUAUGACUAGAUGAUUACCAGGCGAAGAAUCGGAUCUCAUGAAAAAAGCUCACCUUCAGGUGGUUGGUCUUUUUCACAACUUCCUUCACUCUCAUCAACGAGAAUACUUUUCAACGGAACUGAAAGUAACGAGGUUUCUUCUGGUCAAUUGGAAGAAGACAAUUCAAGCCAAUCAGCAGAUUUAAUGACAAGCAUGAAUUCCGCGUGCCGCGACCGGACUGUAGAAUUUCAAUCUGUUGUGAAGUCAUUAAAAUCGAGACAGUCUAAUGGUGGGGUUCCACAUAAAGCACAAAACAAUGCUCUGAAAAAUAGAAGUGAAUUUUCUACAUUUGCCAAGCGAAUUGGCAGAGAUAUAAGUAAGACAUAUGAAAAAUUAGAAAAACUAACUUUAUUAUGUAAAAAACGUUCACUGUUUGAUGAUCGACCUGUUGAAAUCCAGGAGUUGACAUAUAUUAUUAAACAAGACAUCACUUCGUUGAAGAAACAAAUUGCUCAACUUGAGCAGGUAGUUUCUGCAAGGUCUAGUGGCCAUAAAGAUAUUCAAAAACAUUCGUCAUCUAUUGUUCGCACAUUAAGGUCCAAACUUGCUUCAAUGUCUGAUAAUUUCAAAUCUGUCCUUGAAGUUCGACGUGAAAAUAUGAAGCAACAGAAAUUGCGUAAAGAUCAGUUCAGUACUACUAAUUUAUCAUCAAGUAUGCCGCCAUCUGCUAUGCAGGGGAAUCGAGGUUCAGUUUUAAUAAUGGAUGAACAAAGGAAUUCUUCUGGAGAUGUUUCAAUAUCAAUGGAUGGUUCAUCGCCAUCAACUUCACAAGAUACAAUGCAACUGCUUGAUCAACAAGAUGCCUAUAUCCAAGAGCGUGCAAGUACGAUGGAAACCAUUGAAUCCACGAUAGUUGAAUUAGGAACAAUAUUCCAACAGCUUGCAACCAUGGUAAAAGAACAAGAGGAGCAGAUAAUGAGGAUUGAUUCAAAUGUUGAAGAAAGUGAAUUGAAUAUUGAAGCUGCACAUGGAGAAAUAUUGAAAUACUUCCAAAGCGUCACUUCUAAUCGUUGGCUCAUGGCAAAGAUAUUUUUGACUCUCAUUGCCUUCUUUAUUAUUUUCGUUGUGUUUUUCGCUUAACCCAAUCAGGAAUCGGUCUUGUUUUUUAGAAUUCGAGCUGAUGCUUUGCGUGCCUGGCAAAGUUCAUAGCUGUAUAUAAAUUAGAAAAAUGCUCUUUCAAGAUUCAUUGUGCCAGUAUGUCUGCACGGUUCUAUUUACCACAAAUACGCUCGGAUAGCUCGAUUAGCUGUGAUAUUGCAGUAAACAUACUGGUAUUUAGUGCGACAUGAUCCAACUUAAAUCCCAAGCCUAUCUAAACUGUGCACUAGUCAGCGUCUCGAUAAACAUGAAAACCAACCACCUUCUGAUUUUAGUUGGAUGGUGAGAAUAUUGGAACUGGUAUCGAUUAUAAUUCCUGUUUCGUUUUACUUAAAAAAAUCUUUGAUUUUGUCUAUAGAGGAGAUAAUGAAUAUUUUUUAUAUAUUUUUAAUUGCAGAGAUAAAUUUAGUCUGGGUGCACCCAAAAUUCUUUGAGGGCGACGCCGACAAGCAAAGCAGUAUUAUGGUUUGACAUAUUGAAGUUUUAUCUGUGUAUGACUAUAUUACACAGCUGCACUAUGAUGGUUUCAUCACAACACUAUUAAAGUAGGCAAUAAGAAGAAUGUGAAAUACAUGGUGCCGAAUGACCCCCCCUUCAUGAUAACAUCUUAGAUUAGUAUCUCACUAGAAUUUUUAUUGCGAUGUUAUCUCACUAUUUUGUCGAUCCCAUUCACUACAGAUUGACAUUCCAGCCUGAGAGCUAUUCUUUUCAUUCUAUACGAUUUGUGAAACAUAUUGUACAUAAUCUAUUUAUUUUUAAAGAAUUUUGAGCUUGAAAAUCAUAUUUGACUGCAUAGAUUAUUUAAUUUUGUCACUUUACAACCUGUUACUGAAGUUCUAGUAUUAAAACAGCUGUGUAGUCGACUGUAGGACAUGGUCAUAUUCAGUCCCGAAUGAUCCUGCCAUGUCCUUUGUCGACUGCGCAAGAUUCGGAAUCUUAGAAUACGCGAUAUAUGUUGUAAUGUUGGUGCUACAACGUCAUUUAGCAGGAUGAUAGAGUGCAAUAAAACGGAGUCUUGGUAUGUU